AUGCUAAAAUUCUUCUUAAGGAGCCUUCUGCUUCUGCCGGUACUCCUCAUCUGCCUCUUAGAAUCGUUCGCGAAGCUUUUUAUUCCUAAGAAGAGGAAAUCUGUCGUUGGAGAAAUCGUACUGAUUACUGGAGCUGGACAUGGAAUUGGAAGACUGACUGCCUAUGAAUUUUCCAAACUUAAAAGCAAACUUGUUUUGUGGGACAUCAAUAAGCAUGGUCUUGAAGAAACAGCUACAGAAUGCAAAAGACUAGGUGCCAAAGUCCAUACUUAUGUCGUAGACUGCAGUAACCGAGAAGACAUUUACGCCACUGCCAAGAAGGUAAAGGCAGAAAUUGGAGAUGUCAGUAUUUUAGUAAAUAAUGCUGGCGUUGUCUACACAGCAGACUUGAUUGCUACACAAGAUCCUCAGAUUGAAAAGACUUUUGAAGUUAAUGUUCUUGCCCAUUUCUGGACUACAAAGGCAUUUCUUCCAGCAAUGAUGAGGAACAAUCAUGGUCAUAUUGUUACAGUGGCUUCAGCAGCUGGGCACACAGCGGUGCCAUUCCUGAUGGCUUAUUGUUCAAGUAAGUUUGCUGCUGUUGGAUUUCAUAGAGCUCUGACGGAAGAACUGGAUGGCUUAAAGAUAACUGGAGUCAAGACAUCGUGUCUCUGCCCCAAUUUCAUAAACACUGGCUUCAUAAAAAAUCCAUCAACCAGUUUGGGACCCACUCUUGAACCUGAGGAAGUUGUAAGCAAACUGAUGAAUGGGAUCCUGACUGAGAAGAAGAUGAUUUUUGUUCCAUUCUCUAUAAGCAUCUUAACAAUACUGGAAAGGAUACUUCCUGAGCGUUUUAUGAAAAUUUUAAGAAAAAAGAUCAAUGUUCAGUUUGAUGCCGUUAUUGGAUAUAAAGGACAUUAA